AUGCGCGUUACUUUGUGUCAGAUGACUGUUGGUAAGUCCAAGGAAGCCAAUAUUCGCAAAGCUGUGGAAAUGAUUGCUGCUGCAGCGAAGCGCGGUACUGACUUUGUGGUGUUGCCCGAGUGCUUCAAUUGCCCAUAUGGGACGAAGUACUUCGCGGAGUAUUCGGAGGAGGUACAAGCGGGGUUUCCUACAUUUGAUGCUAUGUCCAAAGUAGCAAGGGAGAACUCGGUUUGGGUUGUUGCAGGGAGCAUACCGGAAAGGUUGGAAGGGAAGCUGUUUAACUCGGCGAUGGUAUUCGACCCUAGAGGAGACUUAAAGCAUAUCCACCGCAAGGUCCACCUCUUUCGAAUCAAUACCGAUACACUCAAAAUGGAUGAGGGAGAAGUCCUCUCUGCGGGAUCGGACGCCACACCCGUCACUAUCGAGGGCGACGUAAAGUUCGGACUUGGUAUAUGUUUUGAUGUGCGGUUUCCGUUUUUGGCGUGGAAGUACGCAGCGGAGGGAACCUCUUUCCUGGUUUACCCCGCUGCGUUUAACAUGGUAACUGGGCCAGCGCACUGGGAAAUCGCUGCCAAGUCUCGUGCUGUGGACAACCAACAGUUUGUUAUCAUGUGUUCCCCUGCUCGUGAUGCAGGGGGAGAGUACGUGGCAUGGGGUCAUUCGAUAAUUGUGGACCCAAUGGGGAGGGUAAUUGCCAUGGCUGAUGAGGGAGAAACUUAUUUUGAUGCGGAUUUGGACAUAAACAUGGUCAAAACAACAAGAAACAUGAUUCCAAUACUGAGUGGAGUCCGUCAUGAUCUUUAUUCUUUAACUUGGAAGUAG